AACUCUGAUACACAAAUCUAACCAGCAAACAAUUGGGUAGAGAAUCAACAUGGAUGGACAUUCAUGUUUAUUUUUCAUAGGCCUAUAAUGGGACAAGUCAUUCAAGAGCUCUUGUUGACAUGGAUGGGCAUAUCAUUGAUUGAUAAAAUGGCGUGUGGUAGGAAACUCUUUAGGACCCACCUCCUGUACAUACGGAAAUAAACCAUCUGUAACGACAAGUUUGAAUGGUUCUUUGCUUUGAAACUUCCUGGUAGCCAGAAUAGGAUAGAAUUUAAUUUUACAGAAGAUAGAGCUUCUGCCUACUUCUGCUACCCUAUACUUUUACUGUAGUAUUCUUACUUGAGUACCCGAAGCUCUAUAUGGAUCGAAGACUUCAACAGGCUGCUGAAUCAGGUAGCAUCAGUGACCUUUAUGCUUUGAUCGAUGAGAAUCCGUGCAUACUGGAGAACAUCGACGCCAUGCCAUUCGUGAACACUCCCCUUCACAUAGCUGCAGCUUGUGGGAAAAUAGCGUUUUCCGUAGAGAUGCUGAAUCUCAAGCCGUCUUUUGCCAAAAAACUGAAUACAAACGGGUGCAGUCCGUUGCACCUUGCUGUGGAGAAGGAUCAGCAAGAGCUCGUCACCUGGCUGCUCAGGAUUGAUCCCAGCCUUGCUGGUGUUAAAGGCAGAGAAGGCAUCACGCUGUUCCAUCUCCUAGUGUUAAGAGGGAACGUAGAUCUUGUGGUGGAGUGCCUCGUAACUUCUCCUGAAUGUAUUCGAGAUGUGAGCGUGACUGGCCAAAAUGCUUUGCAUCUUGCUGUGAUGAAUGAAAGAUUUGAAGUUCUGCAGGUUCUCACCGGAUGGAUCCAGAGAAUGAGUCAGAGAAAUGCUCGAUCUAUCGAAUAUUCUGUUCUGAAUAAGAUGGAUUUAAACGGCAACACGCCUUUGCACCUUGCAGCAUAUAAGAAUGAUCAUCAGAUGAUGAAACUUUUACUAGAAUGUCGAAUGGUUCAACGGAACGAAGUAAAUGGUGAUGGUUUAACAUUCCUUGAUAUCUUAAGAACACAUGGACAAAUUGAUGAAGGUGGAGAAUUAGAACAAGCUGCUCUAAAAACCGGGUGCAUGGAAGCAGCUUCUCUGCCAAAACUGAUGAAAAAAACGUACGACUUCUUCAAAUUACCAAUCACGUUUUGGGCUUACUGCUCCACGCAUACAAGACGCAUAAGUUCGGACACAUCAGACGAAGCUCGUGGAGUCUUCUUAAUUAUAUGCACUUUGCUAAUCACAGCCACUUACCAGACCUCCCUCCAGCCUCCAGGAGGUGUAACCCAAUCAGAGGGUCAUGCGGUGAUGAAACAGACAUUCUUCAUCGUGCUGUGGCUUUCCAAUACCAUAGGCUUCUGCUGCGCUUUAUUCUACACCUAUUCUCUCUUACCAGCUAGAGGUUUGUUGACACUGUGGUUUUUCUAUAUAGGAGCGUCUCUGUGUGUUUCUUACGCAUUAGCAAUGGCUGUAAUUUCACCGCAGCCUUUAGUGUUUCUUACCGCGUGCUUUGCCUUGUACCUGCUUUUUCCUCUAUAUGUUUUGAUGGAAGUUUUCCUAAGGCAAUGGCGGAGGCAUCAGACGGUAGCACCUGAUCCCAAAUUGAGCUGGUUUUGGAAAGUUUGAUACAACAUGUGUGUCGCUUUUACAACAGACUAUGACAUAUAUUAGUUUUUAAGUUUAAUUAUAAAAUUAUUGUGAUGAA